AUGGACAUUCUCAGACAAUCAUUUGAUAAGUCGAAUUCAGGGUACUUAUCUAACCCUCCAAUCACAACUCACUCCGAUGAAGAAAUCAUCGUAUUAGCAUCAGCGAGGCCAAAGAAACGUGCGGGGCGUCGAAUAUUCAAGGAGACAAGGCACCCCGUGUACAGAGGAGUGCGUCGGAGGAACAACAACAAGUGGGUUUGCGAGGUUCGUGUUCCCAACGACAAAUCAACUAGGAUUUGGCUCGGAACAUACCCAACUCCUGAGAUGGCUGCACGUGCACACGAUGUUGCCGCGCUCACUCUUCGGGGAAAGUCAGCUUGCCUUAACUUCGCUGACUCGACGUGGCGGUUCCCUUUGCCGGCAUCGACCGAUGCGGAGGAGAUACGGAGAGUGGCGGCGGAGGCUGCAGAGGCAUGUGCCGUUGAGGACAGUUACAAGCAGCAGAGUAGUGUGAAUGCUGUUACUGAUUGUGAAGUUUGCAGCAGUGACAGUGUCAUUGAAAAUGUCAAUAAUAAACCUUUGCAGGGACUGUAUCUGGAUGAAGUUCCAUCGGUAGCAGCAUUUGAGAACCUGCAUGAUUGGUUUAGGAGUAUGGCUGAUGAGCCUUUACGAUCUCCGUCUCCUUUUGUAAGAUAUGGAAGGGACUGGAAUGAUGUGGAUGUUGAUGCUGAGGUCUCCUUGUGGAGUUUUACCAUCUGA